UGAUUACUCUCCGGCACCCGGUGAUCACCGAGUAUUACCACUAGGGGAAAGACCUGUGUAAAAAAAACACAGAUCUCUCCCCUGUCAGCUCCUGCACCCUGCUUUGUAUGGCUCUGCACAUAAUAGCCAUGCAAAGCAGUAUGCUUACAUUGAAGCGCACACACACACAGCUUAUAGUAAAACAUCACAUAGUUAACCCUUUGAUCGCCCCACAUGUUAACCCCUUCUGUCCAGUGUCAUUAGAAAAAUGUCAGUGCUUUUUAUUAGCACUAAUCACUGUAUUGGUGUCACUGGGGAAGUCAGUGACACCAAGUCAGUUCCCCCCAGUGUCAGAAUGCCCACUGCAGUCCCGCUCUAAGUCGCUG